AUGGAUAAAGAGCAAAAUGAUAACGUGAAUGAUAAAGAAAUUCAAGAUUUUUUUAAAGAAAUCGAACAUAUUGUGAAUGAUGAAGACAUAAAUAAUACAGAGGAUAUCACAAUAGAGGACUCGUUAAAAAAAACGGCUAAUGAAUUAAUUGAAAAAAAAAAAAAAAGUGUUAAUUUGCCAAUUCAGUCCAAAAUAAAUUUAUUUCUUGAAGAGAUCAACUUUAUUAACAAUUGUAUAGACGCAUAUGAACAGAAAAAGGAAAAAAGACAAGAAAAAAAUGAAAAUACAAGUAAAGAGGAUGAUAAAGAAUUAGAUGAUAUUUUAAAGAAUGUACUUUAUUUAGAGUUAGGCCUCAAGGAACCUGAAAAUAAAGACACGGAAAAACUGGUUUUAAAAAUCAAUGAAAAUUUAAGUAAAAUAAAAAACAAAGAAUUUAUUUUAGCUACUAAAAUAUCGCUAGAUAUAAGAAUAGAAGAUUAUCAAAAAAAGGAAAUUCGCGAAGAAUAUUUUUCCAACAAAGUUAAUGAGUUAUUUCAGGAGACAAUGAAUCAACUAAAUAUUGAAGAGAACGAAACAGAUAUUGUAUCUGAGGAAGCUUGUAUGGAUAUAAUAAAAAGGAAUUCCGAUGACAAACGUUUAAAAGAUAAAAUAAAUGAUCCUACUGAAGUUUCUAAAGAAGAAUCGUAUAAUAUAAAAUCGGGAAAUAUGAUAGCCAUUCCACAAUCUACAAGUCAUAAAAGUUCAUCGAAAAAAUCAUCUAAUAGAAAGAAUAAGGAAAACGAGAUUGAAUCAUCGAAUUUUUUUCAUAAAAAAAAGAUGAAAUUGAUGGAACGAUGGAAAAAAGUUGCUGAAGAAUCCAAACUAUUAGAUAGUUAUGAUUCGAGUUCAUAA